GCGAAACGACCGGGCGUUACCUCGCACCACGGCUACCAUGACAUCACGCGCCAACGCGGAGGGUCCAAUUACAGUUCGGAGAAAUUUCCGCGCUCCACGCCUGCGAGCACACCGGUAAUUUCCGGGCUGAAGCACGAGAGCAACUAUCAGCAGCUCGCGAGACACCGCUGUCAAUUGUACAGGUGAGCGGGUGCGCAUCUGAAGACGCGUUAAAGUGCAUGCAGCGGAAGACUGAUUGACUGCCAAGACAUUUGAACACCACUGACACAUCGUAAAUGAAAGAUAGAACAGAAGAGAAGGAAAUCCCAACACGUCCUUCAUCUUUCCAGGAGUCAAUAUGCAGUUAAAACAGAAUGUUAGCCCAGUAGUGGUCAUCGUAUUUAGAUUGGUGGUUUGGCUGUAUUCCCUCAUCUCAUACCUGCCUAACCUGUUGCUGAGAUCGCGCGACUCGGAAUCGUUCUCCGAGUGCACACGGAAGGUGAAAGCCCAUUCUGUGACUGGACAUCCAGCGGGACCCUACCGGGAUGUUGUAGCAUUGAGAGCACUGGCCACGUGUCUGCAGCCCAGUGUGAACACACUCGAUCGGAUGUUUGAGUCGUCAGUAUGCCGCUAUCCUGAUCGUGACUGUCUGGGCACCAGAGAGCUGCUGAGUGAGGAGGAUGAGAUUCUGGAGGAUGGAAGAGUCUUCAAGAAGGUGAUAUUGGGAGAGUAUCGCUGGAUGUCAUAUGAUCAGAUAUAUAAAAUGGUGAGGGCGUUCGGGAGUGGUUUGGCCGCUCUGGGGCAUAAACCUUUUAAAAACAUUGCCAUCUUCUGCGAGACGAGGGCGGAGUGGAUCAUAGCAGCACAGGCUUGUUUCAUGUACAACUUCCCAUUGGUAACUCUUUACUCUACUCUGGGAGGUCCUGCGAUUAUUCAUGGACUCAAUGAAGCUGAAGUUUCCUAUAUUAUCACCAGCAAAGAACUUCUGGAAACCAAACUCAAGGAUAUUUUGCUGAAGGUUCCAAAGUUACGGCACAUUAUUGUUGUUGAUGAUAAACUCAGCGGCUGCUCUGAAUACCCUAGAGGCAUCAGUGUGCACAGCAUGGAUGCUGUACAGAGACUGGGGGCCCAGCCUGAGAAUGCGUCAAGGCAAAGACAGCCGCCGUGUGCGUCUGAUGUGGCCGUGAUAAUGUACACCAGUGGCUCUACAGGAAUACCGAAAGGAGUCAUGAUCUCCCACAGCAAUAUAACUGCAGGAAUUACAGGCGUGGCCGAGAGGAUUCCCAACCUCGGUGAGAAUGACACGUACAUUGGUUACCUUCCUUUGGCUCAUGUGUUAGAGUUGAGCGCUGAGAUCGUUUGUUUGGCUCAUGGGUGUAGAAUUGGCUACUCUUCCCCACAAACUCUUGCAGACCAGUCAACAAAGAUAAAGAAGGGAAGCAAAGGAGACACUACAGUCCUGCAGCCGACUCUAAUGGCAGCAGUGCCAGAAAUAAUGGAUCGGAUCUAUAAGAAUGUGAUGCUGAAAUUGGAAGAAAUGAGCCUGUUUCGGAGGACUCUAUUUUUAUUGGCCUACAACUAUAAGAUGGAACAGAUUGCUUUGGGAUACACCACCCCACUGUGUGACAAGCUGGUCUUCCGGAAGGUUCGGGCAUUGUUAGGUGGGCGUUUACGGGUGUUAUUGUCAGGUGGAGCCCCUCUGUCUGCUGCGACACAGCGGUUCAUGAACAUUUGUUUCUGCUGUCCGGUGGGUCAAGGUUAUGGCCUCACGGAGACCUGCGGCGCUGGAACCAUCAGUCAGCUUUGGGAUUACAGUACAGGGAGAGUUGGCGCUCCUCUGGUUUGCUGUGAAAUUCAACUGAAGGACUGGAUAGAGGGUGGGUAUCGGUCCACAGACAAGCCCUGCCCACGAGGAGAGAUUCUGAUUGGUGGCUCCAAUGUAACCAUGGGUUACUACAAGAAAAAGGAGAAGAACUGUGACGAUUUCUUUGUGGACAAGAAAGGCCAGCGAUGGUUCUGCACCGGAGACAUCGGGGAGUUUCAUGGAGACGGCUGCCUGAAGAUUAUUGACCGAAAGAAAGACCUGGUGAAGCUACAGGCAGGAGAAUACGUGUCUCUGGGAAAGGUGGAGGCCUUCUUGAAAAACUGCCCUCUCAUUGAUAACAUCUGUGCAUAUGCCAACAGUGAUGAGUCUUUUGUAAUUGGCUUCGUGGUACCCAAUCAGAAGCAGCUCCAGGCGCUGGCAGAGAGGAUGUGUGUCAGAGGUUCGUGGGAGGAGCUUUGUAACAACCCUGUCAUUGAGAAGGAGGUGCUUAAGGUCAUCACAGACGCAGCACUGACAGCCCAGUUAGAGCGGUUUGAGAUUCCACGUAAGAUCUGCUUGAGCGCCGAGCCCUGGACCCCAGAGACCGGCCUGGUGACAGAUGCUUUUAAACUCAAACGCAAGGAGCUUAAAUCUCACUACCUGACUGACAUUGAGCGGAUGUACGGUGCCAAGUAGAACCAAAUCACUGCUGACUCCAACCAGACGAAACUGUCACUUAUCAGGACUGUAAGGAAAGUAACAUCUCACCAUAGCAGCCUCCAAUCAGGAUGGAGAUUUCUAAGGACGUGUCACAAUGUACAAACAAGAUGAUUUGGCAGUAUUUCAAAUGAUAUCCAAAAAUGUUCAACAAACAAACCAGCACUACAUACCCAGCCAUACUGCUAUAAAUGAUGUGAGCUGUCUUGCUUACUUCCUCCAGACUUGUAUGAAAAAACCAGACUGCUCUAGGUUGGAAAUGUUUAAUUGGUUCUGUUUCAUAUACUAUUUGAACAAUAGUAGUAGGUAUACAGUAAGUAGUGGCCAAUGCUUUCACUUAAAGUUUCAGACUAUUAAAACUUUGUUUAUGACACUUUUUUAAAGUUUUCACCAGCAUUUGUCUGUCCAAACAAAUCAGGAAUUGCUCAAAGCCAUGAGACUGACAAUGCUGUCAAGUUGUGGGUCGCUUUUUUACUUUUCAAUGAUCUUUUCAUAAUUUUAAAGGGAUAGUUCCCCCCCCAAAUGACAAAUCUCUCAUCGUUUACUCACUCUCAGGCCGUCCCAGAUGUGUAUCGCUUUGAGUGACUAGAAAAGCGUUAUGUAAUUGUAGGGAAAUAUUAUUAUUAUUAUUAUUAUUAAUUCUGCAGAAUACAAACGAAGAAUUUAGAAGAAUAUCUCCACUCUGUAGGUCUGUACAAUGUAAGUCAAUGGUGACCAAAAUGUUGAUGCUCCAAAAGCACAUAAAGGCAGCAUAAAAGUAACCAAUAAAACUCCUCCAGUCACAUUAAUACCAUUAAUGUUGACAUCAGCAGUCUCCUUGGCAAUUAUAAUUUCAAGCUUGAUUACACUUAGUGGUAGAUGGUACAUCAAGCACACCAGUAGGAAGAGUAAUCGAGCUUGAAAUCAUGAGCGUGCCUAGAGACUGCAAUGGCAAGAUGUACAGGAAAAAAGGAAUCAUAUUUUGGUCAGUUUCACACCCAUUUCACUUGCAUUGAAUGGACCAACACACCUGACAUAUUCUUCAAAGUAAGUCGUACACAUGUGGGAUGGCAUGAGAGUGAGUAAACGAUGAUAGAAGUUUCAUUUUUGGCUGCACUGUCCCUUUAAUUUAAUACUGAGUGUAAACAGACUUGAGUAGCCAGCAUAUGCAAAUGAACUAGUGAUUUGGAAUAUCAUUAUAUUUAAGCAUCAUUCUAGUAAUUGUUACUGUGAUUCGUUUUAUUCAAAUGUAAGUGUUUAUUGGCUGAUGCUGAGUAUGAAGUUCCUAGCAUGUUUGCUGAUUGGACGAUUCUGUGGCUGACUGUAUGUCCUGCUGGACAGGAUAAUAGAUCUACUUUCUUCUAUGCGCAUUAAACAGUCUGAACUCAGUUGAUUUUAAGGAUAAUGUCAGCUUCUUCUUUGUUAACCCCACAGAUCACUAUUGCUUCAUGAUGGUACACUUUAAUCAGAACAAGUUAAACUAUUUGUUUCAUUUAGAAAUAAAGAAAUCUGUGA